AUGGCGGACAGAGGCUCACACAGAGGCGGCGGCCGAGGCGGCGGCGGGGGAGGAGGAGGAGGAAACUACCGCGGUGGACGGGGGGGAGGUCGCGGCGGCGGCGGCGGAGGUGGUGGUGGUGGUGACCGCGGUGGUGCUCAGGGUUCCGGCGGCGGCGGCGACCGCGAGAGGCCCAAGAAGGAGAACAUCCUCGAUCUGUCAAAGUACAUGGACAAGCAAAUCACCGUCAAGUUCAACGGAGGGCGCGAAGUCACCGGAACGUUGAAGGGAUAUGAUGCGCUGAUGAAUCUGGUGCUGGAUGAGGUCCAGGAAGUCAUGAGAGACGAAGAAGGAAACGAAACAACCAGGUCCCUGGGCCUCGUCGUCGCCCGCGGGACCCUGCUCGUCCUCGUCAGCCCCGUCGACGGCAGCGAGCCCAUAGCGAACCCGUUUGCGCAGCCCGAAGAGGAAUGA